GUCACUUCCUCCUCAGCUCGCYGUUGGGUCAGUGGGGACCCACGCGGCCUCAACAUGCGUAUCGAGAAGUGUUAUUUCUGUUCAGGGCCCAUCUACCCCGGCCACGGCAUGAUGUUCGUCCGCAAUGAUUGCAAGGAUAACUCAUUUGAAUUUGAAAAACGUAGAAAUGAACCUGUCAAAUACCAGCGAGAACUAUGGAAUAAAACUA